AUGGGACACACGAUCUUGAAAUGCUGCAAUACAGAGUUCUUCCUCUAUAUUGUAGCAGUUGUGUUUCUAGUCUUGUGCGCUGGUUUGAUGUCUGGUCUCACUUUAGGCCUCAUGUCUAUGAGCAUUAUUGAUCUUGAGGUUCUUGCAAAAUCUGGAACGCCCAAAGAUCGUCUCCAUGCUUCAAAGAUCUUACCCAUUGUGAAGCAACAACAUCUAUUGCUAUGCACGCUUCUGAUCAGCAAUGCUGCUGCUAUGGAGGCACUUCCUGUUUUUCUUGAUGAAUUAGUACCAGAUUGGGGAGCAAUUCUUCUUUCUGUGACAUUGAUACUCCUCUUUGGUGAGAUUAUACCACAAUCUCUGUGUGCAAGAUAUGGAUUAGCCAUUGGUGCAACUGUUGCUCCAGUUGUUCGUGUUCUUAUUUGGUUUUGGUUUCCGGUAGCCUAUCCAAUCAGCAAGAUCUUGGACUACCUGUUGGGGAAAGGGCAUAAAUCUCUGUUUAGACGAGCUGAAUUGAGAACACUAGUUGACAUGCACGGUAACAAGGCAGGAAAGGGGGGAGAGUUAUCGCUUCAUGAGACAACUAUAAUUGCAGGAGCGCUUGAGCUCACCGAGAAGACUGCAACGGAUGCUAUGACUCCUAUAUCUGAAACUUUUGCUAUUGACAUCAAUGCCAAUCUUGACAGGGAUCUGAUAAAUUUAAUCUUGGAGAAGGGACAUAGCAGGGUUCCAGUGUACUACGAACAUCCAACAAACAUAGUCGGACUUGUCCUGGUGAAGAAUUUGGUGACAAUUAAUCCAAGAGACAACCUUUCGGUGAAGAAUGUAACAAUACGUCGUAUCCCAAGAGUUUCAGCGGCAAUGCCAUUGUAUGACUUACUUAAUGAAUUCCAGAAAGGUCUCAGCCACAUGGCUGCUGUUGUGAAAAAGCGCGAUGACACAACCGAGAAAGAAAGCGCCAACCUGUCGAAUGGCGUAAGAGAAGUGAGAUUGAAUAUUCCUGGAGAACACUUUUAUCAGAGGAAAAGUUCAAGGGCCAGACGAUCACUGAGGAAGUCAAAGAGAUUCAACGCAAGUAUUUCACGGAGGGAAUACUCGAAAAGCAGAAGGUGGUCGGAGGAAGUUCAUCCUGCGAUCCUGCCAAUUAAGGAAAAAUCACUUUCAGCACUUUCGUCAGAAGAAGUAAUUGGGAUCAUAACCAUGGAAGAUGUCAUUGAGGAGCUUCUAAAUGAGGAGAUCUAUGAUGAGACAGAUCAUUUUGAUGCCAAUUCCUUGUCUAGAGUCGGCCGCAUCAGCACAGACAAGAACAAUAACCUUUUCAACAAGAGGAAUAAUUAUGUCCAAGCUAAGUUGGUGCUUGCUCAGGCUACUGAAUAUCACCUGCUAGCGAGGAAUAAACCUCAAAGGCAAUGGACAACAAUCAGUGUUAAAUGGGAACCACCUGAUAGAGGUUUCUUCAAACUUAACACUGAUGGUUCCUCCGUGGGUAACCUGGGUAGGAGGAAUAAGGGAGUUAUUAGGAACGACUCCGGAAACUGGAUUUUAGGCUAUAUGAGGGCUUAUCCAUCUAUAACUAACAAUCUAGCCGAGUUACUAGCAAUCCUAGAAGGGCUUAAGCUAGCAAAGGAGCACAAUCUAACCCCUCUUGUGAUCAACACUGACUCAAAAGAGAUCAUUAGAAUGUUGGAAUUUGGUCAUAUCCCUUAUAACAACUUUGUUUUUGAAUACAGGUCAUUGAUGACUCAACCGGGGUACCCAGCAAUCGGUCAUAACUUCAGAGAGCAUAACCGGGUGGCAGACCUACUGGCUAAGGAGGGAGCAAGGAAAAGAUUGUUCAACACCAGUAGGAUUUUGGAAGUUCCUCCGGUGUUUGCCAAAGAAGCACUCUGGGCAGACAUCCUAGGAACUACUUUUGUUAGAAAAACUCUGGUUUGUAAUAUAAUUAAUAUUGUCUCAAACAAUACUAUCCAACUGGACAAUGUAUACGGUAAAAUAUGCUAUGCUAAGUCAUUGUAUAAGAGAGUGCCAUGUGGAGCCGAAGGCAGAGGAUAG